AUGGUCAUUUGCAGUAUCCCUUUUGGAAAACAUAAGCUGAUCCCUUAUGAAAUUGUGACUGGAAGACCCAUGUCUUUAGAUAUUGUGACUCAGUAUUGUAAAGCCUUCCUGCAGUACGCUAAAAGUUAUUCCCAACAAAUCACGGAAACCUUCCCUGCUCCUGACUCAGAAGAUCAAGUUCACCAUGUCCUAUCUCCAGAAGAUUUCAAGGAUAGGUGUCAAGAUAAACAGGGAUCACAUAAUAAACUGGCUGAGAGGAGAUCACUGAACAAUGGCAAAACAAAAAUAAAGGAAAGUCAUCAUCAUUGGCUACCCUUCAAAGGCUAUAACUUUCCACGCCAAUACGUUGAUCCAAAUUUUCUAAAUGUCCUGAAAGACUUUGAAAUGCAAGACAGUGGUAUCUUUAUUAUUUCUUAUCCCAAAUCAGGCAGUAUCUGGACUUUGCAUAUAUUAGCCUUGACUAAUUUUGAAGACCAUCAUAACAAAACUAUAAGACUAAGUAUGAGUAAAAAAUCCCCCUUCAUUGAGUGCAAUAUUCAUCAUCAAAACUUGGAACAGAUACCCUCCGCACGAGUUCUUUGUACUCGAUAUUAUUUGAUCCCAAGGGGACUGAAGAACAAAAAAGCCAAAAUUGUUUACAUCUACAGAAACCCAAAGGAUGUUUUGAUCUCAUAUUUUCAUUUUUCGAAGUUUGUGACUUUGUUUGAAGCUUCAGAUACUAUAGAAGAAUUCAUGAAAAAGUUUCUAGAUGGAAAAGUCAUGGGAAGCCUUUGGUUUGAUCACAUCAGAGGCUGGUAUGAGCACAAACAUAAUUUCAAUAUACUAUUCAUGAUGUAUGAAGAUAUGAAGAAGGAUCUCAGAAGUUCUGUGCUUAAAAUAUGCCGUUUUCUUGAGAAAGAACUGAGUGAUGAGGCCGUGGAUGAUGUUGUGAGACAAGCUACUUUUCAGAACAUGAAGUCUGAUCCACAAGCUAAUUAUGUUCAAAUUCUAAAAAGCAAACUAGUGAUAAGAACAGAUGAGGGACAUUUCCUACGCAAAGGUACAAUUGGAGACUGGAAGCGUCACUUCACUGUGGAGCAGAGUGAAAUGUUUGACAGGAUCUUCCAAAGGAAGAUGAAAGAUUUUCCCUUGAAGUUUGUCUGGGAUAUAAAUGAGGAGUAG